AGAGCCAUCUGAGACAUCACCAUUUGAUCUAUCAUCUCAUGACCCCAUCUUUUUAUCAUUUCUCCAGAAGUUUGAAGAUAACCUAAAAUGUAUAAAUAUAUUGUCUUCCUUCACAACACUCAACUCAUUUGCAAACUCACCGCAAAACUUAGCUACGUAGUACUUAUGAAUUUUAGCUUGCUCUUUGAGACAUUUGAAAUGGGUUUCCGUUUCCCAGCAAUUAGAAGGGCUUCAUUUACUGGUAGCCAAUCAUCUUCAAAAGCUGUAAACAUGGCAAAGGGAUAUUUUGCAGUGUCUGUGGGAGAGAGAAUGAAACGGUUUGUGAUCCCCAUGUCAUACUUGAACCAACCUUCAUUUCAAGACUUGCUGAGUCAAGCAGAGGAAGAAUUUGGAUACAAACAUCCAAUGGGUGGUCUCACAAUUCCUUGCACGGAAGAUGUCUUUUUGCUUGUUAUAUCUAGCUUGAAUGGGCUCUAAAGCUCAAAGUAUAGAGGACUGACACAGAUUAGUAGUGAGAUUGUGUACAGCAGGCUUCUUUUAAGACUUUGCAAAGAAUUUGUUUCGUUCUCUUUCUUUGGAAAUUGUUACAAAAGUUGUUUAUUAGAAUGAAAAA